CACUCUCACUCUUUCUUACCAUUCAUUCUAUCCACCUUACUUCUCUCUCUCUCUCUCUCUCUAAACAAUCAAACAAACAAAUCAUUUCAAUUUCAAUGGCUCUUCAAGCUUUGAAUUCUCCUACUGCUGCCACUCAGCCCUUCAGUUAUGAAGAUUCAUGGACCAAAAGAAAGCGAUCAAAGCGCGCCCGGAGUGAAUCUCCAGCUCCCACUGAGGAAGAGUACUUGGCUCUUUGUCUUAUCAUGCUUGCUCGUGGCGGAGCCACCACCACCUCUACCGCUGGAAACUCAUCAUCUUCAUCACCUGAAAUACAAGAAGAGCAGUUGCCGGAGCCUCCAAGUUUGAAACUUUCUUACAAGUGUACCGUAUGCAACAAGGCUUUUCCUUCUUACCAAGCUUUGGGAGGACACAAGGCCAGCCACCGCAAGAACUCCACCGAGACGUCGAUCUCCUCCACCUCCACCGCCGCCGCCGCCGCCGUUUCCAGUGAAGUCAACACGGCCGCUGCCUCCACAAGCAGCGGGAGUGGGAGGACUCACGAGUGCUCAAUCUGCCACAAGACUUUUACUUCAGGUCAAGCCUUGGGGGGCCACAAGCGUUGCCACUAUGAAGGCGGCAACAACAACAACCACAUCAAUGCCUCCUCUGUAAGCGCUACCGCCAGUGUUUCGUUUUCUGAGGGCGGCGGGUCAAGCAGUCAACGGGGGUUUGACCUGAACUUGCCGGCCUUGCCGGAAUUCUGGUCUCAGGAAGUGGAGAGUCCCUUGCCGACAAAGAAACCCAAGUUGUUGAUGAAUCAACAGAUUGCAAGAUUUUAGACUAGUUGUGUUCUUCACAGAGAUUGAUUGAUUUUAGAAUUAUAGAUCAUAUAUGAAAAAAUAUUCUU